GCUAGGGAGCACUGUUUGGUGCUGAGCUGCAAUCCUUAUGGUUCCUCUUAAACGCAGGAAGACAAAGUCGAGGGCUGCCGGCACCGAUGAUGUUGUGGUUACCAAGUUCCCCCAUGUCAUCAUAUUCCUCCUGGAGCGAAAGAUGGGAGCGAGCCGUAAAACCUUCCUCACUGGACUUGGCAGGAGAAAAGGAUUUUGUGUUGAGGAAUGUUACAGCCAAUCUGUCACACACGUUGUGUCAGAAAACAACUCUGGGGAGGAGGUCCGGGAUUGGCUGGAGGCACAGACACCCGGGGGAGGAGGGACAGGAGUCCCCGCCCACCUGCUGGACAUCAGCUGGUUCACUGACAGCAUGGCGGCAGGCCAUCCGGUGGACAUCCAGGACAGACACCAGCUGUGGGUGAGAAUGCAGCCCAGCUCUGGUGCCAUGGUGACCACAAUGAAAGGAUAUGCGUGCCAGAGGAGAACGCCAUUGCAGCACCAUAACACACUGCUCACAGAUGCUCUCCUGGUACUGGCAGAGAAUGCGGAGUUCUGUGAGGAUGAGGGGCGGAGCGUGGCGUUCAGGAGGGCGGGGUCUGUGCUGAAGGCCCUCCCCCAGGCCGUGCAGAAGAUGGAGGACCUCCAGGGCUUGCCGUGUCUAGGGGGCCAUUCACAGAGAGUAAUUAAGGAGAUCCUGGAAGAUGGGAAAUCACGCGAGGUGGAGACGGUGCUGCACUCUGAGCUGUACCAGGCAAUGAAGGCGCUGACGGGAAUCUUUGGGGUGGGGGUGAAAACUGCAGAUCGUUGGUUUCGGGAGGGUCUGCGGCGCCCCUCCGAUGUGGUGAAGUUGGGGUACAAGCUUAACCACACCCAGCAGGCAGGUCUACAGUAUUACGAUGACCUCAACACGCCCGUCACCAAGGCAGAAGCCGACGCCAUUAGUCAGAUCGUGGAAGAGGCGGUCCAGGCAGUGUUGCCGGGGGCGAGAAUAACUCUGACAGGGGGAUUCAGGAGGGGCAAGCCGACCGGACACGAUGUGGACUUCCUCAUCACUCACCCAGAGGAGGGGAAAGAGGAGGGCUUGAUGCCAAAAGUGGUCAGCUGGCUGGAAGCUCGGGGUCUGCUGCUAUACCAGAAGACCAACAUGAACUCCUACCUGGAGGCCAAGGACGGGCCCGCCCGCCCCCCUCAUAACAUGGACCGCUUCGAGAGGUGCUUCUCCAUCUUCAGACUUGAGCGGCGUCACGCCAGGCUCCAGCAGCAUCCCCUGGCCGUCUGUGAGGAGCAGCCCCAGGAUAACGACUCUGCUCUGGGGCGGCGAGCAAGCGAGUCCCCGGACUGGAAGGCCGUGAGAGUGGAUCUGGUCGUCACGCCCGUCAGUCAGUUCGCCUUUGCUCUGCUGGGCUGGACCGGGUCGCAGCUUUUUGAGCGGGACCUCCGACGCUGGGCUGGGCAGGAGAAACACAUGUCUCUCAGCAGCCACGCUCUAUAUGACAGUCAACAGAAGCGGUACCUGCGGGCCAGCUCAGAGGAGGAGAUCUUUGCUCACCUGGGCCUGCAGUUCAUUCCCCCAUCUGAGAGGAAUGCCUGACCCACCCACACAACUGGAUGUGGGCGGUGCCUCACACUGGAGGAAAAAUUUACUGCACAAAGAUUUUAAUUCUUUUGAACUUGUGCGUGCAUGAGCGUGUGCACACACGCGUGUAUAUAGUGUACAUGGAAGUUGGCUGUACUCUGGAGAUUAAGAGUAACUUCAUUGUUGUUCUUUUUCUGCAGCAGAUAUUGGAACUCAUGUAAUGGACCAUAAAAUUCAUUACUGACUUGAAUGGUUCUUAAUAUUAAAUCUGGGGGAAACUGAAUGUGAAAAGAGUGUAUCAGUACUUCACUUUCUGUUCACAUGGCCUCUCCCAGCUCACGUGUGUGCCUAAAGCAUGUUACUUAUGUACAGUCCUUCUUGUCCUAAAUUUUAACUGUGCCUUUGUGGGUAUAUUUACCUAGAGAUAUUCAAAUAACACAGGACACUAAAAUUUUAAAAUAAAGAUUUGCUUUUUCAUA